AUGGCUUCAAGUUUCUCAAAAGUUAAUAAUUUACUCUUAUCUCCAUUAACCACAAUUAAAAGUUCCACACCAAUAAAAAGUAGGAGGAUACCAAUAGUAGUAACUCCAUUACGUCGUAGCAUUCUACGUACUCAUUCUUGUUCAUGUACUAACAACCCUUUUUCUCCUGGAAUAUCUGAUGGUUCAUUUGGUUUACAUAUAAAUGGAAAUGAUUUCAGUCCCAGGAUGUUUGAAUAUAAAUCAGAAGAUGGAGAUAAUGAAAAUAUGUUUGCUUGGAAUAUAGAUCAAAUGUCUAAAAUACAACCAAUUUCAAUUUCUGAAGAAAAUAUAUGUUGUCAUGGUUCACCGAAUGUCAAAAGACAUUUAGAUUUACGUGAAAAAGUGAUGAAAUAUUUUAAAGAAAAUCAUCAUAUACCAUCACCAAAUACAUCUCGUUGUCUUGGAUACAGUAAAGAUUUAACAAAAACUCCACUAACAUCUAAAAAACUUCGUAAUCCUAACACAUCAGUGACUUUAUCAGGUUCGAGGAGUAUCUGUAUUUACAGACGUCGAAGUAAAUCAUUCACAGAAAAUCUUCCUUGUAGUAUAGAUUCUGGCAGAGUGACACCCAAAUUAUCAAAACGAGUUUUAGAAUUAAUUCAAUCACCUAUUAAUAAAAGUACUAGAAAACCACCAGAAGAAAAUGGUAAUUCAUCUAAUAUGAAUUUAUAUUUCCCAGAUGAAGAUAGUGAUUUCAAUAAAGAAACAUCAUUAUCUGAUAGUGAUAAUUAUAUACCAGUUAUUAAAGCGGGUGAAUUUUUAGAUACGGAUAGUUCAUUUUUGGAACUAGUAGGUGAGGAAGAUUAUUUGAAUCAGAAGGCUGAUUUUGACAUUAGUGCUAUUGAGUAUGAUUCUUUUCGCCUUAAUCUUAUGAUGUCUCCAAUUUCUUCAAAUUCUGAAAUUGAUAUAAACAAUGUUACCGAACUUUAA